AUGGCAAGUGGAGAAGUUUUCAGUGUCGAUAAAAGUCCCGCGGAGUAUAAGACGUAUAAAAGUACGUUAACAGAUCAAGAACGUCAGCUGGCCAAGGUAGAAUUGGGAGAAAAUGAUGCAAGCCGAGAGCAAUGUCUUCAGCAGAUGCGAGAUUGGAUUGCACGACAUCAACACAUUCAGAAGUGUCGUACGGAUCCUUUGUUUUUGUUGAGAUUUUUGCGAGCGCGAAAGUUUAACCUUCCGGAUGCUUGUGAAAUGUUAGAACGGUACCUGUCUAUGCGACAGGUGUUUAAAAUCUGGUACGAAAAUUUGGAUCCGGAAGAUAAAUACAUGAAACAGCUGGUGGCAACAGAAGGUGCGUUGCCUUUGGGACUCGACGAACGGGGCCGAAUGGUAGCAUUGGUGAAGGUACGAAAUUUUGACCCAACCAAGUACACAAGCCACCAUUUGGGUCGGUUUACCCAUAUGGCAUUUGAGGCAUUCUAUGACGACGAACAGGUUCAACUUGGAGGGGGUGUCGCUAUUGUGGAUUGCGAAGAUGCUGCAAUGGCUCACUUUACGCUGUUUAAACUAUCGGAUAUUAGGAAUUUCAUGGAGCAUCUGAAGCUUGCGCUACCAGUACGCGUUCAGGAAGUGCACAUAAUUGGACUGCCUCGUAUUGGGGCCGCGAUUGGUGAUCUCGUAGUUAGUCUGGCUAGCACCGAAAUGAAGCGAAGGAUUCAUUUCCACGCAACACUGGACGAUGCACUGAAAUUACUGGACCAGUCCCUACUGCCAAUGGAAUACGGGGGUACACAGGAUGCACGGGAUAUCACAGAGCGGCUGCGAAAACGCCUGGAGGAGCAACGAUCCAAAUUAGUUCAACUAGAUGAAAUGAUAAUCGAUGUUGCACCAUACACUAGCUUCUGGCAUCAAGGCCGAGAUGAAGAUGUUGAGUUUGGCAUGGAGAUUGACUGA